CGGCGUUAGCGGUCUGCCUCUCUUCUGGAAUCUUCUCAUUUCGCUGUGAAAACCAGGCACCUCGCGAAGCGGGUGGAUCUGUUAGAUUUUGCGCGGCAGCCAUGGCCGAUGACUUUGAUUUUUCUGAUCAAGUUCCUCCUUCUUUCGAUCGCGUGGGAGAUGUGAUUAAGAAUUCUGAAGCCAAAGGAUUCAAUCCAGGGUUAAUAGUUCUCCUGGUUGUUGGAGGGCUGCUAUUGACAUUCCUCAUUGGAAAUUAUGCCCUUUACCUGUAUGCGCAGAGAACCCUUCCUCCUCGAAAAAAGAAGCCAGUCUCAAAGAAGAAGAUGAAGAGGGAGAGACUGAAGCAAGGCGUUUCUGCACCUGGAGAGUAGAGAUUUGGUAUUCACUGUAUGCUGUGUGUGUUGUUAAUGUGUACUCUUCUGAAAAAUUUUCUCUUUCUAUGAUCGUUAGUAUGCCAAUUUUAUCUUGUCCAUCUGUAUUUUUAGUGAAUUUGAACUUGGCCAGAUAAACUAGUAUUUGAGUAAUAUUAUGAAGCGAACGGUUCAUCUCAGCAUU